AUGAUUUCGAAAUUUCUGAUUUUUUCGGCGAUUUUUGCACUGGGAUACGGUGGAACAAGCGAUAUUGUAUCGUUGAAUUGUGGAAGGGUGAGAAUUUCAGAUUAUUAAUGAAAUUUAUGUUUUCUAGUCGUUUUCCACUCGCUGAUCACUAUUCCGCUGUCAAAAACUGCAAAACUCAACUCUUAACAUGAGUGACGUGGCUAAAAAUUCUGGACUUUAGGAAAAACCUUACAAUUAGAAGUCCAAAAUUUUGCCACGUCAUAACUCAUGUUAGAAAUUGAGCUUUGAAAUUUUACACAGCGAAAUUGUGAUAAGCGGAUCGAAAACUACUAGAAAACAUACAUCAUUGAAAAUUGCAAUUUGAAAUAGUUUAUGUUCCACGUCAUAACUAAUCUGGUCUAGUGAUUCUUCAGAACUUCGUCACAAAAACAUCCAACGAACAAUUCUACUCGUUCAACCGUGAAGUCAACGAAGGCUCAAUCACAUUUCAUGGAAGAGUUCCGGAAAAAAUUGAGGCAAUCAAUUUCUACCUUCACCGUGGAGUGGGAAACGCUCUUGACGUGGAUUACAAUACCACUCUUUUUAUUGGAGUCAAAGGAAACGAACCGACAAAUUUUCAUACAAGAAGCUUGGUAUAUUUGAGAAAAAUUCCGAAAAUAAAUGACGAAAAUUUCAGGACAAUAAGAAUUGGACGCCAGCUAAACAGUUCAAAGCUUGCGGAUUGGCAAAAGGACAAUCCAACAGCUUGAAAAUCGAGUGAGAAUUAGAAUCACGAUCGAGAGAAUUUUAGAAUCACAGUGAAAAGUUACAGAAUCUCGCGAAAGGUUUAUAGAAUCUCCGAAGGUGAAACUUUCCUUCAAAAAUAUCCGAGAGAAAUCGAUGCUGGAGCUUAUUUGAAAUCUGCUACAAUCCUUGGCAACUUCAAUAUAACCAGCAUUGAUUUGUAAUUAUUUUUGUGCGGAAAUAUAGUUUGAAAUUUUCAAUUUUCAGGGAAUGCCGGGCCUAA